GUCUAGCUUCCCGACGCUCCGUGCUCUGUGUGACUCAACGUGUCAGUGUGUUUAGGGACUUAUUCCUGCCGUUUAUCUCCCAUUCAGAUGUUCAUUAGUUGUUGUUUUUCUGACCACAAAUAGGUCAGCGGGUUAUGUAGUUGUUUCAUUUAAAAAAAAUUAUACAUAAACUGCUUUUUCCAUUGAUCCCCUUCGGUUCUGUGAUAGCGAUACAUUUGUGUUCCGCGAGUCCAGCAGUGACGAGGACAGAGCUGUUUUGAUCUACAGUUUUAACGGAAGAAAUAAGAACUCUACCGGAACGGAAUCAUUUUCUAGUCUUGGGGCGAUUCAUUCGAAAUAUCGACGUGAAUACGUUGGAUGUGUCUUCAGAAUGAGUUACUGUGACUGACUUGGCUGUGUUACUGUUGAUGUGUAAAGAGAGAGCAAAGUAGCAUCCACCAUGGAAGUGAAGGAACGCAGACCGUACCGCUCGCUGACGGCUCGGAGGGACACAGAGCGGCGUUACACCAGCUCCUCAGCGGACAGCGAGGAUGGAGGGAAGGUCAACCCUAAAGGUUACAGCUCCAGUGAGACUCUGAAGGCUUUUGAUCAGGAGUCCAGGAUGGCCGCCUACGGCAGCCGGGUCAAAGACAUGGUUCACCACGAGGCAGACGAGUUCUGUAGGCCAGGAGCAGAUUUCUCUCUCAGAGACCUAGGUUUUGGGGAUCCUCUCCCUCCUCACGUGGCGUCAUACCGUGACGACCUGGGUCUUGGUUCUGGUGGUGGUUUGGGCAUGGGUCUGCCUCACCGUGACUACUCUGUGAGCAUGUGCUCGGACGCCGACACGGAGCCGGACGGGGUCAUGUCCCCGGAGCACGCUGUUAGACUGUGGGGUCGCAACACCAAGUCAGGACGCAGCUCCUGCCUGUCCAGCAGGGCCAACUCUAAUCUGACACUCACAGACACCGAGCAUGAGAACACUGAGAACGACGGUGUGUUUCAGAACCACUCCUCUCGGCUGCGGACUCCUCCUCUGCCCCUGUCAAUGUCCCACUCUCCUAACCACCUGCACCAUACUGCCUCCAUCAACUCUCUGAACAGAGGCCAGUACACGCCCCGCUCCAACCCCAGCCCUGCCCCCACAGACAGCUCCGCCCCUCCUGAGGGCCAGGGGAGUGGUCAGGAAUCAGGCUCCGCCCACGACAACUGGCUGCUUAACAGCAACAUCCCCCUGGAGACCAGGAGCCAGAAUACUCUAAUGUUUAUCAGAGAAGAACAGGACGCGUGCAGAGAAGGGCAGGGCUCGUACAAUACCAGAAACGUAGCAAAGCAGGCAUUCCUAGAGACUUUACAGGACUACCCUAUAGAGAUGGACAUUCUGGGUCCCGAACGCAGGGAGGCUGCCCCGUACAACGACGGGCACUUCCUGUUUAAGCCAGGGGGGACGUCUCCAAUGUAUUGUACAACGUCGCCGGGUUACCCUUUGACCUCCAGCACGGUCUACUCCCCGCCACCUCGACCGUUACCCAGAAACACCUUCUCCAGACCGGCGUUCGGCCUGAAGAAGCCCUACAAGCACUGCAACUGGAAAUGUGCGGCUCUCAGUGCCAUCCUCACCUCCGUCACCCUGGUGUUCCUGCUUGCCUACUUCAUCGCCAUGCACCUGUUCGGUCUGAACUGGCACCUACAGCCCAUGCAGGGACAGAUGUCCCAGCUGUCGGAGGACAACACCAGCGGUCUGCCCCUACCUACCGACCUCAGCCUGCCACCCCUGGGCAACACUGGCCUGGAGCUGCCUGACCGCAGGGCCAAGAACGACGGUAAAGUGGACAGCCUGUUCCCAGAUGACAGCUUCAUAGACAUGGGGGAGAUUGACGUGGGUCGUAAGGUUGCCCAGCAGAUACCCCCGGGAGUCUUCUGGAGGUCUCAGGUCUUCGUAGACCACUCCAUGUACCUCAAGUUCAACGUGUCUUUAGGCAAAGAUGCCCUGGUGGGGAUCUACGGCAGGAGAGGCCUGCCACCCUCUCAUACACAGUUUGACUUUGUGGAGCUGCUGGAUGGACGGAGGCUGCUGUCUGGUGAGGUCGUGAGUGGGGGUGUAGAGGGGCCUGUGGCUCUGCAGCGCUCUCUGGUCCCCGUCACCACACACAACACCGGCUUAAUCCAAUACAUGGACUCUGGCAUCUGGCACCUGGCCUUCUACAACGACGGGAAAGAGACAGAGACUGUCUCCUUCAUCACCACGGCGAUAGACUCCAUUGACGACUGUCCCAGUGAUUGCCAUGGCAACGGUGACUGUGUGGCGGGAACAUGUCACUGCUUCUUAGGAUUCAGAGGCCCUGACUGUGGACGAGCGUCCUGUCCGGUGCUGUGCAGUGGGAAUGGACAGUACCUCAAAGGGCGAUGCAUGUGUCACAGUGGCUGGAAGGGCGGGGAGUGUGAUGUUCCCACCAACCAGUGCAUAGACGUCACCUGCUCUGGCCAUGGGACCUGCAUCGUGGGGACAUGCAUCUGUAACCCUGCAUACAAGGGAGAGAACUGUGAAGAAGUGGACUGCCUGGACCCUACCUGUUCUGGGCGUGGGGUUUGUGUGCGUGGAGAGUGCCACUGUUUCGUGGGCUGGGGCGGGUCGGGGUGUGAGAGCACCAGGGCGUCCUGCAUGGACCAGUGUUCCGGACACGGAGCCUUCCUGACAGACACAGGAACCUGCAGCUGUGACCCCAACUGGACCGGACAGGACUGCUCCACAGAGAUUUGUGCAGCGGACUGUGGUGGACAUGGCAACUGCAUGUCGGGCACCUGUCGCUGUGACGACGGCUGGAUGGGCGCCGGGUGUGACCAGCGGGCGUGUCACCCACGCUGCAGCGAGCACGGCACCUGCAAGGAAGGGAAGUGUGAAUGCAGCCCGGGGUGGAACGGAGAGCACUGCACUAUGGAGGGCUGCCCUAGUCUGUGUAACGGGAACGGCAGGUGUACCCUGGGUAAUAACGGCUGGUACUGUGUGUGUCAGCUUGGCUGGAGAGGAACAGGAUGUGACACGUCCAUGGAGACGGCCUGCAGUGACAGAAAGGACAAUGAUGGAGAUGGUUUGGUGGACUGUAUGGACCCUGACUGUUGUCUACAGGCGUCGUGCCACACCACGGGUCUAUGUGUAGGCUCUCCAGACCCCCUGGACAUCAUCCAGGAGACUCAGCUCUCCUCCACCCAGAACAAUCUGCAGUCCUUCUACGACCGUGUCCGCUUCCUGGUGGGACGGGACAGCACACACGUCAUCCCCGGGGCUAACCUCUUUGACGGCAGCCAUGCCUGUGUGAUUCGUGGACAGGUGGUGACAUCAGACGGAACGCCGCUGGUUGGUGUAAACAUCAGCUUCAUCAACAACCCUGGUUAUGGUUAUACAAUCACCAGGCAGGACGGCAGUUUUGACCUGGUGACCAAUGGGGGCGUGGCCAUCGCUCUGCGCUUCGAGCGCGCUCCGUUCAUCACCCAGGAGCACACGCUGUGGUUGCCAUGGGGACGCUUCUUCGUCAUGGAUACCAUCGUGAUGCGUCACGAGGAGAAUGAGAUCCCCAGCUGUGAUGUCAGCGGCUUCACGCGUCCAUCCCCCAUCUUGUCGCCGGCACCCCUCACCGCCUUCGCCGGGGCCUGCUCCGAGAGGGGGACCAUCGUACCCGAAAUACAGGCUCUCCAGGAAGAGGUUCCUAUCCCCGGGACAGACAUGGCGUUGAGCUACCUGAGCAGUAGGAGCCCUGGGUAUAAGUCCAUCCUGCGGGUGACCCUGACCCACUCCACCGUGCCCUUUAACCUGAUGAAGGUACACCUUGUGGUGGCGGUGGAGGGACGACUGUUCAGGAAGUGGUUCCCUGUUGCUCCUAAUCUCAACUAUAACUUCGUCUGGGACAAGGCUGAUGUCUACAGUCAGAAGGUCUAUGGGCUGUCUGAGGCCUUCGUGUCAGUAGGUUAUGAAUAUGAGUCAUGUCCAGACCUGAUCCUGUGGGAGAAGAGAACAGCUAUUCUACAGGGAUAUGAGAUCACAGCUUCUAACCUCGGAGGCUGGGCCCUGAACAAACACCACGCUCUCAACAUUCAGAGUGGUAUCCUCCACAUGGGAAACGGUGAGAACGUGUUUGUCUCCCAGCAGCCACCUGUGAUCGUCAGUGUGAUGGGUAACGGUCGACACCGUAGCAUCUCCUGCCCCAGCUGCAAUGGAAUGGCUGACGGCAACAAGCUCCUGGCUCCCGUCGCUCUGGCGUGCGGCUCAGACGGCAGCCUGUACGUGGGAGACUUCAACUACGUGCGCCGCAUCUUCACCACCGGGAACGUUACCAGCGUGCUGGAACUCAGAAAUAAAGAUUUCAGGCAUAGUAACAGCCCGGCCCAUAAGUACUACCUGGCCAGUAGUCCUGUGUCUGGGGCUGUUUACCUGUCAGACACCAGCACUAGGAAGGUGUUCAAGGUGAAGUCUCUGAGCGCCAUAAAAGAUGUUGCCAGGAACCUGGAGCUGGUAGCUGGGACUGGAGACCAGUGUCUGCCCUACGACGAGACACGAUGUGGAGAUGGGGGCAAGGCUGUGGAGGCCACGCUCACCAACCCACGAGGUAUCACAGUGGAUAAGUACGGAGUGCUGUUCUUUGUGGACGGGACUAUGAUCAGACGAAUUGACCAGAACGGGAUCAUCUCUACCCUGCUGGGGUUCAACGACCUGACCUCUGCGCGACCUCUCAGCUGUGAUGCUGUCAUGGACAUCUCUCAGGUGCGUCUGGAGUGGCCCACAGACCUGGCUGUCAGUCCCAUGGAUAACUCUCUGUACGUCCUGGAUAACAAUGUGGUACUGCAGAUCUCUGAGAACCACCAGGUGCGUAUCGUGGCAGGGAGGCCCAUGCACUGCCAGGUGCCCGGCCUGGAUCACUUCCUGGUCAGCAAGGUGGCCGUCCACGCCACCCUGGAGUCGGCCAACGCUCUCGCCGUCUCUCACAAUGGCAUCCUGUAUAUCUCUGAGUCAGACGAGAAGAAGAUCAACCGUGUGAGACAGGUGUCCACCAACGGAGAGAUUUCAUUGGUGGCCGCGCCCAGCGGCUGUGACUGUAACAACGACGCUAACUGUGACUGUUACUCCGGCGACGAUGGCUACGCAAAAGAUGCCAGAGUCAACGCUCCGUCGUCAUUGGCUGUCUCCCCUGACGGUGAACUCUUCGUCGCCGACCUUGGCAACAUCCGUAUUCGCUCCGUCCGACGGAACAAACCUUACCUGAACCCACUGAGCAUGUACGAGGUCUUCCCGAUUAGCGAUGAACUCUAUCUCUUUGACUCCAAUGGCAGUCACAUCUAUACUCAGAGUCUGACCACUGGGGAUGACAUCUAUAACCUGACCUACUCCGGAGAGGGAGACCUGGCCAGCAUCACGGAUCAGAACAACAACGUAGUGACCAUCAGGAGGGAUACAACAGGCAUGCCUCUGUGGUUGAUGGUGCCUGAUGGACAGACUUUCUGGUUCACCAUUGGGACCAACAACGCCCUGAAGACCAUCGCUGCUCAGGGGCAGGAGCUGGCUAUGAUGACCUAUCACGGGAGCUCCUCAUUACUGGCUACGAAGAGUAACAACAACGGAUGGACCACCUUCUAUGAGUAUGACAGCUAUGGCCGUCUGACCAAUGUGACCUACCCUACUGGCCGGGUUAGCAGCUACCGUACCGACACAGACAGCUCCGUCAGGGUGCAGGCAGAGGGCUCCGGCAAGGAAGACGUCACCAUCACCACCAACCUGUCUGCUUCUGGAACCUUCUACAUGCUCAUGCAGGACCAAGUGAGGAACAGUUACUACAUCGGUCUGGACGGCUCUCUGCGUCUGGUGCUGGCCAACGGUAUGGAGGUGUCCCUGCACACGGAGCCCCACCUGCUGGCCGGGACGGUCAACCCCACGGUCAGCAAGAGGAACGUAACCCUGGCUAUCGACAACGGCCUCAACCUGGUAGAGUGGAGGCAGCGUAAGGAACAGGCCCGAGGACAGGUGACUGUGUACGGACGACGACUCAGGGUCCACAACAGGAACCUCCUCUCCCUGGACUUUGACCGUAUCACACGUACAGAGAAGGUUUACGACGACCACAGGAAGUUCACGUUAAGGAUCCACUACGACCACGCCGGACGCCCGACGCUCUGGGCCCCCAGCAGCCGCCUCAAUGGGGUCAACGUCACAUACUCCCCGGGCGGACACGUGGCCGGCAUCCAGCGCGGAACCAUGUCUGUACGCAUGGAGUACGACCAGAAUGGUCGAAUCACGUCGCAGAUCUUUGCCGAUGGGAAGUCAUGGACCUACACUUACCUGGAGAAGUCCAUGGUACUGCUCCUCCACAGUCAGCGUCAGUACAUCUUUGAGUUCGACAAGAAUGACCGCCUCUCCUCUGUGACCAUGCCCAACGUGGCCCGCUUCACCCUGGAGACCACCCACUCCGUUGGUUACUAUAGGAACACGUACCGCCCCUCCGAGGGGAACGCGUCGGUACUGCAGGACUACAGUGAAGAUGGCCAGCUGAUGCAGACUAGCUACCUGGGCACAGGGCGCAGGGUGAUGUAUAAGUACGGCAAGCUGGCCAAGCUACUGGAGAUGCUCUAUGAUACCACACGCAUCGCGUUCACCUACGAUGAGGCGGCGGGGAUGCUGAAGGUGGUGAACCUGCAGACUGAAGGAACCACCUGCACUAUAAGGUACCGUCAGAUCGGCCCACUCAUCGACAGGCAGAUCUUUAGGUUCAGCGAAGAGGGGAUGGUCAACGCACGCUUCGAUUACGUCUAUGACAACAGCUUUCGGGUCACCAGCAUGCAAGCGGUGAUCAACGAGACUCCUCUGCCCAUCGACCUGUAUCGCUACGAUGACGUGUCGGGGAAGACGGAGCAGUUUGGGAAGUUCGGGGUCAUCUACUACGACAUCAACCAGAUAAUCACCACGGCCGUGAUGACACACACCAAACACUUCGAUGCCUACGGCCGCGUGAAGGAGGUCCAGUACGAGAUCUUCAGGUCACUCAUGUACUGGAUGAUGGUGCAGUACGAUAACAUGGGACGCGUGGUCGCCAAGGAACUCAAGGUGGGUCCGUAUGCCAACACUACUCGGUAUACCUAUGAAUACGAUGCUGAUGGGCAGCUCCAGGUAGUGUCUGUCAACGACAAGCCACUGUGGCGCUACAGCUACGACCUGAACGGCAACCUUCACCUGCUGAGCCCCGGGAACAGCGCCCGGCUCACGCCACUACGUUACGACCUCCGAGACCGCAUCACCAGGCUGGGAGACGUCCAGUAUCGCAUGGACGAGGACGGCUUUCUGAAGCAGAGAGGGAACGAAUUCUUUGAGUACAGCUCGCCUGGACUCCUGGUUAAGGUCUACAACCGGGUGAGCGGCUGGAGUAUCCGCUACCGAUACGAUGGUCUGGGUCGGAGGGUCUCAUCUAGGUCCAGUCUCGGGCACCACCUCCAGUUCUUCUAUGCUGACCUGUCCAGUCCCACCCGGGUCACUCACAUGUACAACCACACCAGCUCAGAGAUCUCUUCCCUCUACUACGACCUGCAAGGACACCUGUUCUCCAUGGAGCUCAGUAGUGGGGAUGAGUUUUAUGUAGCGUGUGAUACAAUCGGCACGCCGCAGGCCGUCUUCAGUGGCUCUGGCCUGAUGAUCAAGCAGAUCCUCCACACUGCUUUUGGGGAGGUGUACCUGGACUCCAACCCAAGCUUCCACCUCAUCCUGGGGUACCAGGGGGGUCUGUAUGAGCCCCUGAGCCGCCUGGUACACAUGGGCCGGAGGGACUACGAUACCAUGGCCGGGCGAUGGACCACGCCGGACCAUGAGGUGUGGAGCAGGCUGAACGCCAACAACAUAGUCCCUUUCAACCUGUACAUGUUCAAGAACAACAACCCUCUCAGCAACAGCCUGGAGACCAAGUGUUACAUGACAGAUGUCAACAGUUGGCUGGUGACGUUUGGCUUCCAGCUGUACAACGUUAUACCAGGCUACCGUAAACCCUCUACUGAUACCAUGGAGCCGUCCUACGAGCUAGUCAGAACACAGAUCAACGCUCAGGAGUGGGACAGCACUAAGUCUAUCCUUGGCGUGCAGUGUGAGGUCCAGAGACAGCUGAAGGCCUUCGUGAAGCUGGAGCGCUUCGGGCAGAUUUACGGUGCCAGCGCCGCAGGCUGCCCCCAGGCUGCCCCGAAGACCCUCUUCGCCUCUGGAGGAUCCAUCUUCGGCAAGGGCGUGAAAUUCGCCAUCCGCGACGGCCGUAUCAGCACUGACAUCAUCAGCCUGGCCAAUGAGGACGGUCGACGCAUGGCAGCGGUUCUCAAUGACGCGUUCUACCUCCAGGACCUCCACUUCACCGUAGACGGAAUGGACACGCAUUACUUCCUCAAGCUGGGGUCCGUGGAGGGCGACCUGUCACUCAUCGGGAUGACCGUAGGACGCCGUACCCUGGAGACGGGCGUCAACGUGACGGUGUCUCAGGUCAACGCUGUGCUGAACGGCAGGACUAGGCGCAUCACGGACAUUCAGCUUCAAUACGGCGCUCUGAGCCUCAACACUCGGUACGGUAGUUCCCUGGAUGAGGAGAAGGCCCGGGUUCUGGAGUCGGCCAGGCAGAGGGCUGUAGCACAGGCCUGGACCAGGGAGCGUCAGAGACUGAGGGAGGGAGAGGAGGGCUCGCGCUCCUGGACGGAGGGAGAGAAGCAACAGCUGCUGGGGUCGGGGAAGGUGUCAGGAUACGACGGGUACUUCGUGGUGUCCGUGGACCAGUUCCCGCAGCUGUCAGACAGCGUCAACAACAUUCACUUCAUGAGGCAGAGCGAGAUGGGCCGAAGGUGACAUGAUCAACAACUGGAACCUGUUUAGCCACUGGAGUGAGAGAUGGGAACCCUAUUCCCUAUGUAGUGCACUACUUUUUGACCAGCCCUAUGGAACCCUAUUCCCUAUGUAGUGCACUACUUUAGACCAGCCCUAUGGAACCCUAUUCCCUAUAUAGUACACUACUCUUGACCAUGGCCCCUCAGCCUCUGGGGUAGUUCACUAUGUAGAGGAUAGGGGGCCCUUUUGUUCAGACGCAGUGUUGGUGGCCACAAAGUAUAACUAAGGACUUGUUGCCAAAGACAGUUACAAACAUGAACACCUUGUAAUUUUCUGCUCCUUUGACGUGUGAUUAACAUGAUACACUGAAUCAACUCGUAAAGACAUGGUGUUGCAGCCACUUGGAAAUCAGUUGCUGAACACUGUAUUUUACUGUAGAGUGCUACUUCUCCUUCAGAAAAAGACAUUCAUAAGUCUUUGCUGUUCAAGUGUGGCUGCUAGAGAAAGACAUUCUGCCAUAUCUAUUCUGUCUGUGACUUAUUUUGGCAAUCUGUUUCCCUGUCCCUGUUGGUGACUGUGUUCAAAGGGACUGGACUGGAGAGGAGAGGAGAGGGGGACGGGAUAGGAGAGAGGGGGACGGGAUAG